GCAUCAAAUGAAGACAUCGUGAAAGUGGGCAAAUUCAACUUCGUAGAUAUUUUGAAUUUAAAUGAAAACUGAUUUUCUGGGUAGCUCUGGAAAUGGAAAAAACUCUACCCAAAUCAAGAACAAGCUAUAAGAACAGAACAAAAAUGCAGUUGCAGUGCCGAGUUUGUUUCACUCAAAGCAAUAAUGUUAUGUUUGAUUUGAAUGAUGAACUACAACUGGAAGCCAAAGUCAAAAUAUCCUAUUUGCAAGCUCUACGGCAAGUCACAUCAUCCAAAGUCAGUCAGUAUGAACCCUAUCCCACAAGUAUUUGCCCUGUAUGUGCCAGUCUCCUGAAAAUGGCUUUGCAGCUCAUAAUUCAAUACAAAACAACACAAUUGAAACUCAAUGAGAUGUUCAAUUUCAGCAGUGAUGAAACAGAUGAAGGUGAUACCAAGGAAGAAGAUUAUUUUCAAGAAAAUAAGCCUUCAGUGGAAUUAAUUUAUAAGGAUAAAAAAUUCAAUGUACAAGAACUUGUGGUUGUUGAAGAUGUCAAUCAGAAAACUUGUGAUUACCAGGGGUUUUUGAAUAACCUUGGAAGGGAAGUGACUGCAACUUUUGCAGAUUAUCAAAAUUUGAGAAAAAAAUGUAAGGAAGAAAUAGAAAUCAAUGAGGUUUCUGUAGCUGUGAAAGAAAAAGAUAGGUAUGUUCCAGUGAAAGAAAUUCAAAUUGACCAAUCAUCCAACCAAAUAGAGUAUAUUGUUGAGGAUGUCAUAGAUGCAGGUGAUGUUAAAAUUGAAGAUAUUGAUAUAAAAAAUGAGAACCACUAUCGGGUGAUUACUUCAAAACCAGAAAAAGAAGCAGAAAAUGAAAAUAAUGAAUACACUAGAACUGAAUCAGCUGAUGUUAUUGAUGAUUUUAUUAUUAAAAAAUCAAAGAUGGCAAUGUCAAAUAAUUCAGAAAUACAAAGGAUCAAAGAUGAAGGACUCAAAAGUGGAUUUUUUCAAUGUGAGAUUUGUGCUAAAAUAUAUUCAAGUUGGAGGAAACUUCGUCUACACAGAAGCAGAAUCCAUCUAACCAAAGACAAGACUUACACUUACACAUGUGAAAUUUGUGGUGUCCAGUGUAAAAGCAAAUCAACUUUCAUCCACCACAAACUCAAACACACCGGAAAGAGAUUUAAAUGUGAGGUGUGCAACAAGUCAUAUUUCACCAAGGCUCUGUUGAAAGUCCACAAACUAGGGCAUGCAAAUGAGCGGCAGCACUUAUGCCAGGUGUGCGGCGCUACCUUCAACUACCCUAACGCCCUUAUCUACCACAUGCGGCUGCACACUGGCGAAAAAAGUUACAAGUGCGAGUUUUGCCAGAAAAUGUUCCGGAUGCCCGGAGCUCUGAAUAGGCACAGGAGGACGCAUACGAAUGACAGGCCAUACAAAUGUCAAUUUUGCGACAAGCGCUUCCGAUCGCUCGGCGAAGUGAAAAGCCACGAAUGCAUCCACACCGGUCAUCGCCCCUACUCGUGCCCCCUCUGUCCCAAGGGCUUCUACAAAACGCACAACAUGCGCGUCCACAUGCUGUCCCACCCUGGACCCUACCGCUGCCCCUUCUGCCCUAGGGGGCUAGCUGCCCCCCACCUGUUGCCCCUCCACGUGAAGACGUCGCACAAGGGGAGGACGGUGGGGCCCGAGGGGGUGGAAUUAGUGGAGGAAGAGGAUAGUCAGGGGAGCGAGGAAGUGGUGUAUUAUGUGGAGGAGGGGGGAUUAGAAGGUGAUUUCGAGGGGGGAUUGGAGGAGAAUUUGGAGGGAGAAAUGGCGGUGAAUUUGGAGGAAGAGUUGGAGGGAGAGCAGGUUAUUUGCUAGGGUAAUGUUCGUGAAUUUUUCAAUUCCCUUUCGAUAAUAAACUAUAUUUAAUUGGAAAAGAGU